UCCAAAGUCACUCGUAUCGAGAGAUAUUCUGAUCGGAUUGAAAGAAGGUGAUGGUUUAGGAAUGAUAGUUGAGUUGUUGAAAUCAAACACACCGCAAUUUUGUCGAAGGAAUACUAGUAGAGGUUGUAGAUAUACCUCGAGGAUGUUUUCACCUAAUUUUGCAAACUAUUCUUGGACUUGGUUGGAGCCCAAAUCAGUAUGUAACCCUGAUGGAUCGGAUG